CUUCUCCCCUAGCGACGAAGGCGGCGCGGAUCGCUGAGGAAAGAGGCUGCAGCUCUAGCUCUCUGGAUACAUGCUUUUCUGAUAGAGGAACUGUGACAACUAAUGCAGUCUUGAAGGGUGAAAACCAUGGCCCAUGGACCAAUGACAUUCAGGGAUAUAGCCAUAGACUUUUCCCAGCAGGAGUGGGAAUGCCUCAACUCUUUCCAGAAGAACCUGUACCGGAAUGUGAUGAUGGAGAACUAUGGUAACUUGGUCUCAUUGGGACAUUCCAUUUCUAAGCCAGAUGUAAUUGCAUUAUUGGAACAAGGAAAAGAUCCCUGGAUGAUUGUGAGGGAAGAAACGAGAAAGUGCUGUAGAGAAUUGAAGUCCAAGUGUGAAAAUAUCAGCCAUGGAAACGUUGACAUUUAUAGAAUACAUUCCUCUGUCACUCUACAGCAAAGACUUGAUAGUAGUGAAAAGUCUUUUGAAUGUGACAAAUGUGGGAAGGCCUUUAUUCGUCCUACAGACCUCAUGGUACAUUGGAGAAUUCAUACUGGUGAGAAACCCUAUGAAUGUAGUCAAUGUGGAAAAGCCUUUAAUCGUGCAUCCAACCUUCUGCAACAUCAAAAAAUUCAUACUGGUGAAAAGCCCUAUGAAUGUGAGGCAUGUGGGAUGACCUUCAGUCGCAAUAUAGACCUUAGAGUUCAUCAGAGAAUCCAUACAGGUGAGAAACCCUAUCAUUGUGAAGAGUGUGGGAAGGCCUUUAGUCGUGUCUCAUACCUGACUCAACAUGGAAAAGUUCAUAGUGGGGAGAAAUCCUAUGUAUGUCAUGAAUGUGGGAAGGCCUUUAGUAGAGGCGGGAAACUUAAAAUACAUCAGAGAAUCCAUACUGGGGAGAAACCCUACCAAUGUAAGACAUGUGGGAAGGCCUUUAGUCAAGCCUCUCACCUGGUACAACAUGAGAGAAUUCAUACUGGUGAGAAGCCAUAUGAAUGCCACAAAUGUGGGAUGACCUUUAGUCGUGGUAUAGAUCUUAGAGUACAUCAUAGAAUCCAUACUGGUGAGAAACCCUGCAAAUGUAAAGAAUGUGGGAAGGCCUUUAGUUGUGCCUCAAAUCUUGUUCAACAUGAGAGAAUUCAUACUGGCAAGAAGCCCUAUGAAUGUGAAGAAUGUGGGAUGACCUUUAGUCGUGUCUAUCAGCUCAUUCCCCAUCAGAGAAUGCAUACUGGUGUAAAACCCUAUGAAUGUAAUGAAUGUGGGAAGGCCUUUAUUCGUGCCUCAGCCCUUAUUCAGCAUGAGAGAAUUCAUACUGGUGAGAAGCCCUAUAAAUGUACAGAAUGUGGAAAGGCUUUUAUUCAUGGUGGUAGCCUUAGGAUGCACCAGAAAAUUCAUACUGGUGAGAAGCCCUAUAAAUGUAAAGAAUGUGGGAAGGCCUUUGGUUGUACCUCAGACCUGGUUAGACAUGAGAGGAUUCACACUGGUGAGAAACCCUAUGAAUGUAAGGUAUGUUGGAAGGCCUUCAGUCAUGUUGAAAGCCUUAAAAUGCAUCAUAAACUUCACACUGGAGAGAAACCCUAUGAAUGUAAAGAAUGUGGGAAAGCUUUUAAGAGUGGACACCAGCUGAUGGUACAUCAGAGAAUUCAUACAGGUGAAAAGCCAUAUGUAUGUAAGGAAUGUGGGAAGGCCUUUAGUGUUUAUGGGUGUCUUACUCGACAUCAGACUAUUCACAGUGGUGAGAAGCCUUUUGGAUGUAAUAAAUGUGGGAAGUCCUUUAGACAUAGUUCAAGUCUUAAAGUACAUCAAAGAAUUCAUGCUCGAGAAAAACCUGAUGAAAGCACUGUGAAAAGAAGUACUAGAUAAUGUAGCAGUUCAUCAGAAUAUUUAUUCUCUGAAACAAUUUGGACACAAAAAAUAUGGAAAUGUUUUGAUAUAGUUCAUU